CUUGCCCAAGGAGGAGAGAGAGAAACGUGACGCCUCUUCCUGUUCUUAACUUCUCAUGGCGUGAUUCUCGACUCGAGAACUUACAGAGCAUCGGCGAUGGAGGAGAAGGGGAAAGGGAGCGAGAGAUGGGGCGGCGCGAUCUCGAAUCUAACGGAAAUGUCUUCGAAUCUCGAAUCCCUCCAAAAGCUUCUCUUGAAGAAAGCCGUCUUCGUCGACGAAGAGACCUUCGCCAGAGCGUCCCUCACCGCCGAACAAGCCCGUACCAUCAAGAUUCUUCAACAAAGGGUAGAGACCUUGGAAAGAGAGCUGGAUGCUGCCAUUACAGCCGCUGCUCGUGCUCGAUCAGAGAAAAGGCAGGCUGAGGCUGCACAAAAAGCUGCAGAAUUGCGUACUCAGGAAAUCACAAGAGAACUUGAGAACACCACGAAGGUAUUUGAGCUUCACAUGGAGGAGCUGCGGGCGAAGCAAGAAGAGAUCGACAAACGCGAUAACGAUAUCAAACUCCUGGAAGCCAUAAUUCAGACGCUUGGUGGGAAAGAGUCUAGUUCUAUCAGGGGAUAAAGCUCGGGUUCCAAUCUUAAGUUGUAGAACUACUGUAUAUUGUACAAUUGCUGCUCCUUUUAUUUUUCAAUCUUUUGCCGUAAUUU